ACUGGAGAGCCAAAAGGAGUGGAAGAGCCUGUCUUGGAGAUUUUCCCGGGGAAAUCCUGAGGUGGUUCAUUAUGAAGUGCACCGCGGGGGAGUGGCUCCGAGUAACCACGGUGCUAUUCAUGGCUAGAGCAAUUCCAGCCCUGGUGGUUCCUAAUGCCACUUUAUUGGAGAAACUUUUGGAAAAGUACAUGGAUGAGGAUGGUGAGUGGUGGACGGCCAAGCAAAGAGGGAAAAGGGCCAUCACAGACAAUGACAUGCAGAGUAUCUUGGACCUUCAUAAUAAAUUACGAAGUCAGGUGUAUCCAACAGCUUCUAAUAUGGAGUAUAUGACAUGGGAUGUAGAGCUUGAAAGAUCUGCAGAAUCCUGGGCUGAGACGUGUGUGUGGGAACAUGGACCAGCAGGCUUGCUUCCGUCAAUCGGACAGAACUUGGGAGCACACUGGGGAAGAUACAGGCCCCCAACAUUUCAUGUACAAGCAUGGUAUGAUGAAGUAAGAGACUUUAGCUACCCAUAUGAACAUGAGUGCAACCCCUACUGUCCAUUCAGGUGUUCCGGACCUGUCUGCACACAUUAUACACAGGUGGUGUGGGCAACAAGUAGCAGAAUAGGCUGUGCCAUAAAUUUGUGUCAUAACAUGAACAUCUGGGGUCAGAUAUGGCCCAAAGCUGUCUACUUGGUGUGCAAUUACUCUCCAAAGGGAAACUGGUGGGGUCACGCCCCUUACAAACAUGGACGACCCUGUUCUGCUUGCCCACCUAGUUUUGGAGGGGGCUGUAGAGAGAAUCUGUGCUACAAGGAGGGGUCAGACAGGUAUUAUCCUCCACGGGAAGAAGAAACAAAUGAAAUUGAACGGCAGCAGACACAGGUCCACGACACCCACGUUCGGACGAGAUCGGACGAUAGUAACAGAAAUGAAGUAAUAAGCACACAGCAAAUGUCCCAAAUUGUUUCCUGUGAAGUAAGAUUAAGAGAUCAGUGUAAAGGAACAACUUGCAAUAGGUAUGAGUGUCCUGCUGGGUGUUUGGAUAGUAAAGCUAAAGUUAUUGGCAGUGUACAUUAUGAGAUGCAAUCCAGCAUCUGCAGAGCUGCAAUCCAUUAUGGUAUAAUAGACAAUGAUGGUGGUUGGGUAGAUAUCACGAGACAAGGAAGAAAACAUUAUUUCAUCAAAUCCAAUAGAAAUGGCGUUCAAACAAUUGGCAAAUACCAGUCUGCUAAUUCCUUCACAGUCUCUAAAGUAACAGUUCAAGCUGUGACUUGUGAAACAACUGUGGAACAGCUCUGUCCGUUUCAUAAGCCUGCUUCACAUUGCCCAAGAGUAUACUGCCCUCGUAACUGUAUGCAGGCAAAUCCACAUUAUGCUCGUGUGAUUGGAACUCGGAUUUACUCUGACCUGUCCAGUAUCUGCAGAGCCGCAGUCCACGCUGGGGUGGUCCGAAAUCAUGGUGGUUACGUUGAUGUUAUGCCUGUGGACAAAAGAAAGACUUAUAUUGCUUCUUUUCAGAAUGGAAUCUUCUCAGAAAGUUUACAGAAUCCUCCAGGAGGAAAGGCAUUCAGAGUAUUUGCUGUUGUGUGAAAUGGAACACUUGGAGGAGGAUCAUCAAGACUGUUCCAAAUGCCAUAUUUCUGAAGUUUGUAUAAAACUGUAACAUUACUGUACAGAAGAUAGCAACUAUUUUCAUCCCCCAAAAGUGCCAAAUGCAUAUAAAUCUUGACAACAGACAGUCUAUAAAAAAAAACAUGGGACAUUAGCUUUGGGAAAAGUAAUGAAAAUGUAAUGGUUUUAGAAAUCCUGUGUUAAAUAUUGCUAUAUUUUCUUAGCAGUUAUUUCUACAGUUAAUUACAUAUUCAUGAUUGUUCUACAUUUCAUAUACUAUAUGGUGCUUUAUAUAUGCCACUAAUGAAAUGAAUCUAAAUAUUGAAUGUGAAUGGCCCUCCGAAAAUCAUCUGGUGCAUUUCUAGAGGUCAACUCUAAAGUUGAAAGAACUCUUAUCUUCACAUUUCCCUCAGUCCAGUGCUAUGCCAUUACCUAGUUCAAGUAAUCUCAAACGAUUUUCUACUUAAUGCCUGUACAGUUUUUUCUUCUGUUUAGUCAUAUAGAAUAUUAAGUUCUGAUAUUGCACUUACUAUUUUGUAUAAAAUCUUUUAAUAUCUGAAUGAAUCUGUUAAAAUGUCUGAUUCCUGGGGAAUGGUCUUAAGUAGAUGAUGGACUAAAGUCAGAGUUAGUGGUGUGAAAACAUUCCCACUGAUCAUAUAGUAAAUGUAGGGUCCAGGAUGGGCAGCCAGAGCUUUCUGUGUAUUGUUAAAAUUGAGGUUGCAAAUUUUCUUUUGUAUCCUGGCAAAUACUCCUGCAGGCCAGGAAGUAUAAUAAUAAAAAGUUUAACAAAGACGGACUAAUGUAUCACAUCACCAUUGCCACUGAUUCUCUUAAUGGUAAAUGGCCUUGUGUAUAAAUGUUGUCAUAUUAUGGUACCUAUAAUGGUGAUAUAUUUGUUUCUAUGAAAAAUGUAUUGUGCUUUGAUACUAAAAAUCUGUAAAAUGUUACUUUUGGUGAUUUUUUUUUUCUGCUGGUAAAUUUAUCUUUUCCUAUAAAUAUAUCAAAAUGAAUCACGUUUCCAAGUAUUA